UCCGCUCAGACGGCGCGCAUAAACAAACUCGCGUUACAACUCCACACUUUUACAAAGCACCGUCAUCAGCACUGACACACUCAGCUGACGGGGACGGACGCAGACACACUCCUAACACUCGGGAGGUUUUCAUUUUUUCUUUUUUAAAUGUAAUAUUUUAUGGUUGUUUUUCUACUUUAGUGUAUUACUUUAGAAAACGUAAGAGGAAGAAAAAACUUUUUUGUUUUGUUUUUUACAAUCCUGUAUACGCUACCAUUUAUCACUAAGAGUUUUUAUAUGUAUAUAUACAUUUAUUAUAUGUAAUGUAUAUCUAUAUAUAAAAUUGUCCUCCUCACGUCGACACUGGGUGAUUAUUCUGGAUGGACAUAGGAUACUUCAUACGAGGUUAUUACCACAUGUAAAGACGGAACCGCUACAGCAAACCAACACAGGUUCGGAAGAGCGCGCCCAGCUCAGCUCUGAGACCCAGCGACAGGUCACUUCUUCUGCGACGCCUGCUGAGUCCUCCCCGCUCCAGCAGCCUUGUCCCGGCCGUAGGCACGCCGACACACAACCCCGGACACCCAGCACCAUUCAGCGCGUAGCUCCUUUGCCAGAUCUAUGGCAUUGUGACAAUGAACAAGCGCGCUCAGUUAUUGGAACAGCUGCAGUUUGUCCAGUUGAAAUGCACACCUCGAGACAUGCCCUGUGUGCAGGCUCAGUACGGGCCGGCCCCUCCAGGCUCUGCCUACUCUGGCCAGUCCUUCAGUUACCAGGGCGACAGUUACAGCUCUGACCUAAUGACCCCUGACUACACCAAGCUGGACCUGGGUGGGAGUGAAAUCUCCGCUGCUGCCACCACUUCCCUCCCCAGCUUCAAUGUCUUUGUGGAGGGAAGCUACGAGCCCAAGUCUUCUUGUCUCUACCAGAUGCCUACACACAGGCCCACCAUUAAAAAAGAGGAGGACAGCUACCCGACGGCUCCACCACUGGACGCCCUGUCCUCCUCUACUAUGUACUUUAAACAGUCUCCCCCCUCCACUCCCACGACACCAUCUCUGCCUCCCCAGCCUGGCUCCUCUUUUCUGUGGGAGGAGCACUCCCUGCCUCCACCGUCACAUCCCCACUCACUGGGCUCUAGCCUGGAGACGGGGCCCCUCAAGUCUCCCCGUUUUUCUCACUUCUACCAGCAUUCGCCACCACACAGUGGAGGCAGCGUCAGCGGCUAUGAAAGUCUGGGAGGAGGCCUGGUGCGAACCUCCUCUUCUUCCUCCUCCUCUUCAUCCUCAAUCUCUCAUCCUCAUGGUCCACCUCUGGAGCAGCCCAUGUACCAGCUGCACCGUGGGGCCGGGGGCAGCAGCCUGGCCUUCCGCUCCCUGGCUCUCGGGCCCUGUGGCCCCCUACUAGGAGACAACCUGCCCUCUCCCCCUCCACGUGGCCCUCAAGGAGAAGGCACCUGUGCAGUGUGUGGGGACAAUGCUGCCUGCCAGCACUACGGUGUACGCACUUGUGAGGGCUGCAAAGGCUUCUUUAAGCGCACCGUGCAGAAAAACGCCAAGUAUGUGUGUUUGGCCAGUAAGAACUGUCCUGUGGACAAGAGGAGACGCAACCGCUGCCAGUACUGCCGCUUCCAGAAGUGUCUCAGUGUGGGCAUGGUGAAGGAAGUGGUGCGCACUGACAGCUUGAAGGGGCGCAGAGGUCGUCUUCCUUCCAAACCAAAGAGCCCACUGCAGACAGAAGCAUCUCCACCUUCUCCACCUCUUACCCUGCUCUCCGCUCUGCUCAGGGCGUACUCCCACUGCACACCCCGUGACUUCGACUACAGCCAGUUCAGUGCUGCCGACCCUCCCUCCUCCACUUCAGACGCUGAGCACAUCCAGCUCUUCUACAGGCUGCUCACCAUCUCAAUGGAGACCACGCGGUGCUGGGCAGAGCGGCUGCCCGGCUUCUCCGAACUCCAUCGCGAAGAUCAGAACCUGCUCAUAGACUCUGCCUUUCUGGAGCUGUUCGUCCUGCGACUUGCUCACAGGUCAGUGUUGUCAGAGGACAAACUAGUGUUCUGUAACGGCUUGGUGCUGCACAGGUUCCAGUGCCUUCGCGGGUUCGGAGAGUGGCUGGAUUCCAUCCGGGAUUUCUCCACUCAUCUCCAGAGCCUAAACCUGGACACCUCUGCCUUCGCCUGCUUGGCUGCCCUCGUUCUGCUCACAGAGCAAGUCCCGGGUCUGAAGGACUCAAAGCGGGUUGAGGAGCUGCAGAAUAAGGUGAUUUCUUGUCUCAGAGACCAUCUGGGUUGCGGCCCCUCUUCCUCUUCGUCUAAGGCUGCACCCCCUCUGAGUUGUAUUCUGGGUUUAAGGGCAGAGCUUCGUUCCCAGAGAACCCAGGGCCUUCAACGAAUCUUCUACUUGAAGCUGGAGGAUCUGGUUCCACCUCCGCCGCUGAUCGACAGAUUCCUGGAUACUUUGCCCUACUGACAGCCCAGUAUGACCACACAGAGGAAAACCCACAUAUUGUCCUGUUCAGGCCAUUUUCCCCGCCCUGAGGAGCAUGCACACUUAUCCAGAUGAGAGACUCAUUCCCCUCUGACUGAUGCAGAUCAGAGAGAGCCAAUCAGAUGCUUUUUGCUCUUCAGGACAACCAAUCGAGAGCUUCUUUUCACGCAGACAAACAGCCAACCAAAUGCUUUUCACUGGUAAAAGACAAUUACUCACAUUUUAUUAUAUCCUCCUGUUUUUUCUCACAUGGGGGAGGACGACCUUGUUGAGAUGGACAAUGGUAAAAAUGACUUUUAUUUUCCUCUCUGUAUCUGAGUGGCAGCUCAUCUGUUUAUGAGAACUGUUUAUCUGAGCUGUGGCCUGGUUCGACCACUCUGAGGACUUUUUUUUGGGUAAAGAUCAUAUGUGACCAAUGUGACCAUGUGAUCAACGUUGAAGAUGUCCCAGUGAAACACAACUUGCGGUGCAUUCUACUUCCUUCUGAAAGGAGGAGUAGGUCGUUUUACACACUGAAAUGUACUAAAACAGGUCAGACAUUGUGAACGUAGACAUGCAGAAACAUCAUAAAGCAAGACGCAGAUAUUUCAUGAACGCGUGGAAGUAACUGUUGAGUAGAGCUCUUGAUUCCAAGUGCAAUUUCAUAAGUGCUAUCUCACCACGAAAGGAAGAGACAGAGAAGGAAUGGUUCAAAUUCAAACUCUAAAUUAUUUUAAUACAAAGACUUGUCCUGUACUGUCUGUAGCUAAAAGAAAAGAUGAGACAGUCUCCUUGCAACUUUAGAGGGCAGAAGAGAUACUGUGCACUAACAAUUGAUGACUAAGUCACUCAGACUUUAACUUGUUUUUUUUUUUUAUAUCAAUUCAUUUUGAACUCAUAGGUCAAGUAGGAGUGUGGAGGAAUAAACAUGGAGAGAAAUUGGCUUUUGAAGCACUUACACCCUGAGAAGAGCUAAAGGCACAGACACACACCCUACCUGCUCACCUGGAGGACGGUGGAGAGAGCAGGAGAGAGAAGGGUGCUCGACAGAUAGCUGUACGUCAAGGGGUGGAACAUUCCGCAGUCAUGCUCUUUUUUUCUAUUUGUUUCUAUUGAUGAGCUCUUGUGAGAGCAAUGAGGAUACGGUUGCAUACUGUCUUUGUUUGUAUACGCUUAGAAAAGCCAGGAUCAUAUGCAUGGUGUGUUAAAAGCUGUCAAGAGCUGCCAUAGCUUGGUGAAACAGCUCGACCUGUGUUUGUGUAUCAGACUGCGGCUCAACGGGGAUCUCCCCCCAGGCCUCCACAACCUACUCACACACUCACAGCAGCAGUUUGACAUAUGAAAAAAAAGCAAAUUAUAUAGAUAUAAAUAUAUAAAUAUAUACAAAUCUAAUAUUUUGAAGUGUUUUUAGCUUUUUCAAAUAUUGUGGUACAAGUUGUGCAUUGUUUUUUGAAGAAGAGAAACAAAAAAGAAAAAAAGUUGCUGUUUUUUCAAUGUCCCUCUUUGGUUUGAGUUUCCUGUUUGUUCUCUCUCUUUGGUUCACUGGAUUUUAUGUUCAGCACUUUGAAAUCAUAAACUAGUUCUGAUUAAUCUGAA